GGAGUGAGGAGAUGAGAUACUGGCUGGUGCAAUGGUUUAAACUCCUGGCAAGAACUGUGGCUGUGGCCUGAGCUUUUACGUGUACGAGUGGUGCGAGAACAGAUAGUGGGAAGAAGCAGUAACUCUCCACUUCGCACGCCGUGGGUUUGUGGAGGAGGAUGAACGGACUUGUGUCGCGUUUCGUCCCGAGCAGCUGCGUGGCAGAGGAUCCCGAUCAGCGGGCUGUGCCCGGGGACGCACAUUAAGACAAACAUCGGCCAAGUGAAAUAGGAAUUGAUAUGAAAGGAGAGGGGAGUACCGAAUUAAAAGUAUUAUAUAUGAAUGCAUGAAGUAUAAGGAAUAAAGUAGAUGAGCUUGAGGUUCAGUUGGAAAUUGGCAAGUACGAUGUUGUGGGAAUAACUGAGACAUGGCUUCAAGUGGACAGGGCCUGGGAAAUGAAUAUUCAAGGAUACACAUCUUAUCGAAAGGACAAACUGAUGGCAGAGGGGCUGGGGUGGCUCUGUUGUUUACUGACACCGCUACAACGUGUUUUUAUCGCUGGCUGUCCAGACGGAAGGUGCUGAAACGCUUUGUCGCGUGUCUGGAAGAAGUGAAAACUUUCCUGGGCAGCAAAGGGCUCACCUUUCCUGAGCUGGAACAGCCAGAGUGGCUGGAAAAGCUACACUUCAUGGUAGACAUGACAGCGCACCUGAACACGUUGAACACAGCUCUUCAGGGGAAAGGACGUACAGCCCUGCACAUGUUGGAGGAUGUUUUGGCAUUCGAGCGCAAGUUGACAGUGCUUGCCAGAGAUUUACAGAAAGGCACUUUGUCUCACUUCCCCAAUUUGAGAGAGUUCAAACAAGGUCACGACAUGAUAAUUUCGGAGUAUUUACAUUCUGCAAUCAUCGCAAUGCAAACAUCGUUUGGGAAACGCUUCUGUGAGUUCAGAGAGGAAAAAAACACAUUAUCCUUCCCGGUCACUCCCUUAAGCAUCGAUCCUUCCCUACUGAAUACGACUGCAUUGGCAGGUGUGAGUCAACCUGAUCUUGAGAUGGAACUGGCCGACAUAGCCGACAAAGACAUAUGGGUGUCCAAGUUUAGACGCUUGACAGCAGACCUUGAAGAUGUUGCCCGUCAGAAGGCCGUUCUUGCUCAGAAACACAAAUGGAGUGAUAUUGAAAACCUCACAGAUGACAGCUUGCGAUCCUGUGUAAAGAUGAAGGUGACAUCAUACAGCCCUGAUGUGCAGACGCUGUGCGCUGAGGUCCAGGAGCAGAAAUCCCAUUAA